AUGUCAACACACACAUUCACUCGUUUCGUGAAAACAAUGGAGGGACAGUAUCAGGUAUUGCUGGGUCAUGCCUUGGCCAAGGAAUCCUUUGAGGACAACGUAUCGAGAAUGCUCCCAGUGAAAGAUCCAGUAAUCAUUCUUAACAAGGAAAAAGUCGGAGACUAUAACCCUAACAUCGAGAAUAAGACAUUAUCGUUGAUAUGUAAUUAUGUUCAAUGCCCAUCAACGGCGUCAAAUUGUACGACAACUGUGCGACCUUUCGGUCAUUGCUGUGAUGUGUGCGCUGGUUUGUUGACUUUUGCUUCGGAAACUCUCUCAGUGAAUAAGAUUUCCGGAUUGAUCUCAAAAGUGGUGAAGGAGAUUCACCUCGACGGGCUCGUUCUGCCUUCUGUUGAACGAAUUAAUGGAGAAGACGACAACGAUCCGAUUCCUCGUUUUCAGGUAGCAGUGUUCCAACAACAAACGUAUGACGACACCGUUUCACGGAUAUUCAUCAAGCAGCUUCACAACAAACUUAUGAAUUUCCAAACACAGAAUGGAUUGGAGUAUUUCCAUUACGAAUACGACUGGAGCUUACUUGAUCACUCCUACGCACCUGCAUCAAAAAUCGCUGGACUGGUAACCUUCUGCAUUGUCAUUUUGAUUGCGGCUGCAUUGUUCUGGAGAAAUGCUGAUGAAAGGGAACGAUUGCGAGCAUUUGUUUCUUCCAACGCUUCGUCCUCAUUUCGUGUGGUCUGGCACCCAGGUAAGGAAGAUGACGAUAUAGUGCAGUUGGUGAAUUCGAGCGAAGAUCUAAUAAGUGAAGAGGAAGAUCCUUUACCUACAUCUUUCUCUAACAUGAACCAUGAACCAAUGCCUCUCCAAAGUGGAGCCAUAACAACGGGGAGUCCCCAUGCUGAAGGACUAACUGCUAUGGAAAUGAAGAUGAUUGAAUAG